AUGGGCGUCGCUGCAAACGUUGACUGGAGCAUCAUGGAGAAGCUGGCAGGAAUGGCAGGGGGGUACGAGGCCGGCGGGCCGCAGUCGCCCCCUGAGGAGGAUGGCGGUGGCAGUGGCAAACAGGCUGAGAAGGGGUGCGGCUGCCCCAGCAGCAUGGUACCGGCCACCAGCAGUGCUGCGGCCCGCCACAACGGCGUCAGCAAGGAGGAGGACCCUUACGACCGCAGCACCGGCAGCAGCAGCAGCAGCACGGGCAGCAGCAACAGUAUCAGCGGCGGCAGCAACAGCAGCAGUGCUGCCACCUGUAGCGACAGCGGUGGCCCCUUGGCCAUCGUGCCCCACGCAUCCUGGCAUGCGCGCCUGCGUGGCCUGCUGUCCGCCUACCCCCACGCGCUUGUGGGGGAAAUUGGCAUCGACCGCGCCGCCGUGAUACCGGGCAGCCGUGCGCGUGUGCGGUUCGACCAUCAGCUUGCGCUGCUGAGGGAGCAGCUGGCCCUGGCCGCAGAGCUCAGCCGCCCGGUCAGCAUACACUGCGUGCGCGGCUACGGCCACCUGCUGCAGCUCUUUGCGGCGCUGCCGGCCAGCGGCGCCGGCUGCCCGCCCGCGGUGAUGCUCCACAGCUAUGGCGGCAGCCCCGAGGAUGUGGCGCGGUUCUGCCGGCUGCCGGGCAUUGGGCGGCGUUUCUUCUUCAGCUUCUCUGCAGCCAUUAACGCGCGCGCCCCUGACAAGCUGGUGGCCCGCGUGCGUGCAGUGCCAGAUGACCGGUUGCUGGUGGAGAGUGAUCAGGUGUCCGCUCUGCUGGUGGAGGGAGGGAUGGCAGACAUUUGCUACAUCGUGGCAGGUGCAAAGGGCUGGGGCCUGGAGGAGGCAGCUCGACGUACACUGGAAAACUUCAAUGCAUUUUAUGGGACCACUGUGUAA